AAUGUGAUGAAGCCUUUGAAUUCUGUGAAAGGUGUUUUGACUUGGGUGUUCUGAUUUUUAGUAACAAUUGCAUGACGGGGGAUACGGAAUACAAAGCCCAGAAACACCGACACACAGUGCCUUUUAUCUAAAUGACCAGAAAAGAAAUAGCAGUUUUCAUUUGGUGGACGAUCGCCGUGUGCUAUGUUGACAGUUGCACGUUCCCUGCAAUUUUGGAAGGGAAAACAUGGGACGAUUCUGCCAAAGGGCGUCCAGUAACUUUUGCCGGAAGUGUGAUGACAGGAUGGAAUGUAACAUUCGGAGUCAAAAUAAUAACGAGCUGGACUUGUUUAUUCAACCAGAAUAACAUCAUUGUUUCCAAGGCUACUUAUGAUGAAAUGAUACCGCCUUUUAUUAGUAAAACUUACCAUGUGUAUGUCUGUAUGUGGGCCGUUUCUAUAGAAGCAGACAAAUUCAUCUACUACCUCUUGGCCGACAAUAUAGUCGAUGCCAACACAAGAGUAUACCGGAGUGAGAGUAGCGACCUGGGUGCUUGUGAUGUUUGUAAAAUGACCCUAAAUCUAGAUCCCUCACAAGCAUUAUCCAUGGCUACCAGUGGGGAUCCAUCCUCCGUGACAAUACCUGCCCAGUCUGGUCCUUGCAGUGGGUGUUCAUGCAUUGCCACAACAGCAACCACCACUACAAGUUCUGCCAUCACUUCUGAGGAUACUACCAGUUCUACAACAGCAACCACUACAACUUCUGCCGUCACUUCAGAAGAUACUACCACUUCUACAACAGCAACCACUACAAACAGUUGCACGUUCCCUGCAAUGUUGGAAGGAAAAACAUGGGACGAUUCUGCCAAAGGGCGUCCAGUAACUUUUUCCGGAAGUGUGAUGACAGGAUGGAAUGUAACAUUCGGAGUCAAAAUAAUAACGAGCUGGACUUGCUUAUUCAACCAGAAUAACAUCAUUGUUUCCAAGGCUACUUAUGAUGAAGUGAUACCGCCGUUUAUUAGUAAAACUUACCAUGUGUAUGUCUGUAUGUGGGCCGUUUCUAUAGAAGCAGACAAAUUCAUCUACUACCUCUUGGCCGACAAUAUAGUCGAUGCCAACACAAGAGUAUACCGGAGUGAAAGUAGCGACCUGGGUGCUUGUGAUGUUUGUAACAUGACACUAAAUCUAGAUCCUUCACAAGCAUUAUCCAUGGCUACCAGUGGGGAUCCAUCCUCCGUGACAAUACCUGCCCAGUCUGGUCCUUGCAGUGGGUGUUCAUGCAAUGCCUCAACAGCAACCACCACUACAAGUUCUGCCAUCACUUCAGAGGAUACUACCACUUCUACAACAACAACCACUACAACUUCUGCCGUCACUUCAGAAGAUACUACCACUUCUACAACAGCAACCACUACAACUUCUGCCGCCACUUCAGAGGAUACUACCAGUUCUACAACAACAGCACCUUCAACUUCUACCAUCACUUCAGAAGAUACUACCAGUUCUACAAUAGCAACCACUACAGACAGUUGCACGUUCCCAGCAAUUUUGGAAGGAAAAACAUGGGACGAUUCUGCCAAAGGGCGUCCAGUAACUUUUGCCGGAAGUGUGAUGACAGGAUGGAAUGUAACAUUCGGAGUCAAAAUAAUAACGAGCUGGACUUGUUUAUUUCACCAGAAUAACAUCAUUGUUUCCAAGGCUACUUAUGAUGAAGUGAUACCGCCGUUUGCUAGUAAAACUUACCAUGUGUAUGUCUGUAUGUGGGCCGUUUCUAUAGAAGCAGACAAAUUCAUCUACUACCUCUUGGCCGACAAUAUAGUCGAUGCCAACACAAGAGUAUACCGGAGUGAGAGUAGCGACCUGGGUGCUUGUGAUGUUUGUAAAAUGACAUUAAAUUUAGAUCCCUCACAAGCAUUAUCCAUGGCUACCAGUGGAAGACCCAUUACAACUAACCAAUCAUAUUCCCCCAUCACUUGUGAAUAUCUUCUUCAAACCACCUCACAAUCUGCCACUGUCAAUUCGACUUCGUCAGCGAGAGCCAUCACAGCAAGUAGUACUAGCAAUGUAGUAAGUACAACUCUCGAAGUUACCACGAACCCGAUGACAACAGCAACGCAUUCCAUCACGAACCCGAUGACAACAGCAACACAUUCCAUCACUAACCCGAGGACAACAGCAACACAUUCCAUCACGAACCCCAUGACAACAGCAACACAUUCCAUCACGAACCCGAGGACAACAGGAACACAUUCCGUCACGAACCCGAGGACAACAGCAACACAUUCCAUCACGAACCCGAGGACAACAACAACACUUUCCAUCACGAACCCCAUGACAACAGCAACACAUUCCAUCACGAACCCGAUGACAACAGCAACACAUUCCAUCACUAACCCGAGGACAACAGCAACACAUUCCAUCACGAACCCCAUGACAACAGCAACACAUUCCAUCACGAACCCCAUGACAACAGCAACACAUUCCAUCACGAACCCCAUGACAACAGCAACACAUUCCAUCACGAACCCGAGGACAACAGGAACACAUUCCGUCACGAACCCGAGGACAACAGCAACACAUUCCAUCACGAACCCGAGGACAACAACAACACUUUCCAUCACGAACCCCAUGACAACAGCAACACAUUCCAUCACGAACCCGAGGACAACAGCAACACAUUCCGUCACGAACCCGAGGACAACAGCAACACAUUCCAUCACGAACCCGAGGACAACAGCAACACUUUCCAUUACGAACCCGAUGACAACAGCAACAUAUUCCAUCAUGAACCCGAUGACAACAUCAACAUAUUCCAUCACGAACCCGAGGACAACAGGAACACAUUCCAUCACGAACCCGAGGACAACAGCAACACAUACCAUCACGAACCCGAGGACAACAGCAACGCAUUCCAAUGGUUUGACCCCAACAAUGCAACUUGUCACAACUCAGCCAAGUACAAUCUUACAAAAAACUACAAGAUCACAAGCUGCAAUAAUUUCAACUACUGGUCUAUCAAACUCAGAUUCGGAGGAUAGCGUUUUACCCAUGGUGACGGAUGCCGCUUUCAUCACGAUAGCUGUUUGUGGAUGUUUAAUUCUAACAUUUAUAGUAAUACUAGUGACUGUCACAUUGACAUUAUCUAGAAAAUCUUCUAAACAAAAAAGGAAAGCUCGCGAAAAUGAUUCCCAGAAGUGUUAGAAACAUUUUGUAAACAAUAAAAAGAAAUGUUAUCUUUUAAAUUAUUUCUACGUAUCUAUCAAUACUAAAAGUGCUGCAAUCAAGUGAUGAAAUAAGUCAUAUCCACUACUGGCUAUUAGUACUUUCUCCGUGUUGAUACUACGAUGUAUGUAUCAUAAAUUCAGUGACUGUAAAUAAUUUGAUUUUUAGUACACCUCCAACUACUCGAUGUCCAUGUAAAUUACAGGAACUCUUGUGUCAUUGUUUUAAUAGAGAUAUCAAAGCCAUCCAUGUAGCUUAAGUCACGAUCAUUUCCUUCCUAAUGUAUGUAAUUAUAACGAU